AUGGACCAAAUAAUUAGUGAUAUUGGAAAUAAUUACGUUUACAUAAUUGUUGAUGAAACAACCGUUCCAAGAGGUUUGUAUAAAUAUUUUUUUUAAUUUCUUAUGUAAUAAAAUAUACUAUUUUCCUUUAGGUUUAGCUAUUGCAAAUGUAUUAAUUGGUAAAUUAGAUGGGGUACCUAGUAAAUCAUAUUUAGUUGCUUAUAAAGAACUAGAAUCCACCAAUUAUAAAUAUAUUUGUCAGUUUAUUAAUUCCUCAUUAAAAAUAUUUCCUGGUAUUGAACAAAAAGUAUUACUUUUUAUCAGUGAUGCUGGUACUUAUAUGAUCAAAGUAGCAAAAACAUUAAAAAUAUUUUGCUCAAAAUUAAUUCAUAUUACACGUAUGGCACACGCGAUUAAAAUAGAAUUCUAA